GCGACCAGGUUUCGUUUCACCACAAUUCGUCGCUUCCGUCGAUGGAUGCCGAGCUUGGUGAAUGCCGCCAAGUUGGCCCCUGCCCAACGAAGCGACAUGCGGACAACGAAUCGCUGGUUGAAAGGAAGCGCAAACAGUCUCGAGAGUCGACGCGGCGGUGGCGGGCCAACGAGCACGUGCGUCGGUCCUUUCGUCGUUGUGUUGUCGUCCUGUGCGCUAAGUGCAUGUGCAGAACAUGCUGGAGGCGUUGAGGAACCAAGUGUCGCAGCUCGAGAGAGCGCUCCAAAGCAAACUGUCUGUCGGGGGCAGUGUCAUGCAGGGCGUCUCGACGGACGGUCGGAUGGAAAAGCUUUUGGCAACCAAGCGGUUCUAUGUCGCUCAAAACAUGCGCCUCCUCGCGGCGAUCAAGAUGCGCCAGGAACACGCGAGCUCGAUCAUCGUGGUGCAUCGCCCCACCUUCCAUGCCGUCCUGACCAUCCAUCAUUCGCAGGGGCAAUUGCGUUUCCAGCCGUCAUUGCAAGACGAUGCAUUCCUCCUGUACAUGGCGUACGAAACUCAAGAGAAGCUGAAAGCGAUGGAUCUCCGAAGCCAGUUCCAAGGCACUGUCCGCGAGAUCAACGGCAUCUCGUGCAUCGCGCUCACGCGAGGCGCGUCCAUGGACUACGACAUGGAGAAAUACUACGCCGGCGUCAACCACUUGAUCAUGGGCGACGUUGCGUGGGCAGCGUAUCAAGAAAAAGCCAUCUUCAUGCCACUCGUCGACCGCGUGAUCGACCACAGCGUCAUCCGUCGAGUGCAUGACAACAUGCUGGUCAUUCAAACGACGUCGUGGACUGUCGAGCAGGAGCUACAGCACCGCUUCCUUAUCUUGCAGCGAGCGCGCACCCACGAAACGUACUCGGUCACAGUGACCGCGCUAAAUCCAAGUCUGACCCCCGCUCCCCACGCGUUUCGGUUUGGGGCAUCGGACAUAACCAACCGCGGAUUUAAAAGUCACGUAACAGGGACGUGCUGCCUCCAGACGGGGUCCCCCGACGAAGCAAAGGUCACGAUUGAAGGCAUGGUGCGCGCACAAUGUCGGCUGGAAGCAUACGUGCGAGCCCACACCGUGCGUAGUAUGCAACUCAACUAGGCCGAGCGAUUAUUCGCCCAUGGACAACUCGAUUCGCCCGUGCAUGCCUCAUGCAGGUCCUUGAUUUCCUGGAGUAGACGAAGAAGGCGGAUGUAGGUCCGCAAGUCAAAGGGGCGAACGGUGAAGAAGACGUUGCUCAGACGAGUCGUGCUCGGGUGUUCUUGCGUUCUCCUUUGCCAAAUGGAGAUGGCCAUGAUGGAAAUUCCUUCUUCUGCGUCGUCGUGGUCACGACAAGAUCAACUCGACUCCAUCAACGAAUCCAGUAUCUACAUACUUGUGACGUGCUGACGCCAAGUCCAGUCGCAGGUGGCGCUUUCACUGAAUGAACUUGGCAUAGACGUCGGACUCGCCUUGGCUACUUGUCUGAGGCGCAAAGGACUCUCUCAGCGACAGCCGACGACACACACCCUGGGCGCGGAUCCCAUUAACUGGGAGAAGGGCCUCGUCGGUGCAGGUGGUGUUGCAAGGGCUAAAUU